ACUUAAAUUAUGUCAGCAUUUUAGUUUUGUUAUUAUAGAAAGCCUGAUGCAACUAACGAAGAGUCACUAACAUGGCCUCUCUGGGCGGCUUAGAUGCGAUCAGAUGUGACAACUGCCCUCUGGAGGUGGACGUAUACUGUAAAAGUUGUGACGUCAAACUUUGUGGAGGAUGUGGCGGGAAACACGUGACUUCAAAGACUUCCAAAGGUCACAUUAUUGUACCAUAUGGCGAAAGAUAUUCCACCCCCGUAAUACCAGACUGUAGAUUUCAUAUGUCCUCAAAAUGUUCCUUGUACUGUAGAAAAUGUAAAGACCUCAUUUGUGGAAUUUGCCAAAAUGAAGGACAUGUUAAUCAUCAGGUGUCAGAUCUAAUACAAGAAAGCAGCUUAAAGCGUCAAGACAUUCAGCACGACAUUAAAACACUAGAAGAAAGUAUUAUUAAAAAACUCAAAAGCCUAUCUGAAAAUAUGCUUGAACAGAAAAAGCAAAUUCAAAAACAAUAUGAACCUUCAAAAAUCGCAAUUCAGGAACAGGAAAAGAAAUGGCACAAGAUAAUACAGGAAAUCGCACAGAAGAAGUUGAGAGACCUUCAAAGCAUGAUGCAGAGCCAUAUAACGGAGAUUGACAAUAAUUUGACAGAAAUCAAUAAGCUUUUGAAAGACUCUCACGCUGAAGCAUCCAGAUGUAGGAAUAUUUUGCAUGGGAAUUCGGCAGGAGAAUUUAUUCGCUUCGAUUCAAAUCUAGAAGAAUUUACUCAGUUAAAGUUGACAGAUGUUAUUUUUCCUACAUUUACUCCAAAGCCUAUCAAUGAAGAACACAUCGCAGUGGAGUUUGGAUAUUUUUAUGGGAAGUCACAAAGUGUAAAGGAAGUCCCAUUGGGGAUCCAGAAAUCAGGUUUUCUCGUACAAACUCCAAGACUUCUGGGAGUUCUUAACAGUGGUUUGAUGAAUUCAGAACUCGUGACCAGUGUAAAUAAUGAAGAGAUUUGGGUGGCAAGGUGUAGAUCUAUUAGGCGAAUAAAUCGGAACAAUACAAUUUUGGAGAAUGUUGACAUUCCUUCAGGAUAUGUUUAUGGAAUAUGUCUUACGGAGCAAGGAGAUUUGGUGUAUAAUAACAAUACAGAUAAGGUGAUUAGGAUGGUCAGAAACGGGAAAUCGAUGAAGCUGAUUUCUCUCACGAAGUGGAAAUCUUAUGGUUUAUGUACCACUUCCGACGGAGACCUGUUGGUCUGCAUGAGAAGUGAAAAUGAUUAUCAGGGCAAAGUUGUUCGUUAUUCUGGUUCCAAUGUGUCACAAGAAAUACAGAAUGACAAAGAAAACAAACCAAUGUUUAGUUCCGGAUUUGAUAUGAUGUACGUGGCUGAAAACAAAAAUUCUGAUAUCUGUGUUUCAGACAUCGGAUCAUCGACAGUAAUUAUUCUAAAUAAGAAAGGAGAGCUUCAGUUUACUUAUAUUGGUAACCUAAAGUCGAAAAAAUAUUCGUCAUUUACUCCAUUCGGAAUCGCCACAGACCCGAUGUCCAGGAUCUUAGUAGCUGAUUGCUAUAACGACUGUGUCCAUGUGAUUGAUUGUGAUGGACAGUUUCUGUCAUAUAUCUCAGGGAAUGGACUUUCUCUUCCUUAUGGUCUCAGCAUUUCAAAAGACAACAUUUUGUUCAUUGGAAGCCAAAAAGAUGACAAAGUGACAAUAAUUAAAUAUUCUUAUUGAAAGAAAAACAUCCAUGUACUCAGUUACAUGGUCUGCAUCUAGAUUGAUUGAUUUAUUGUAUGUUGUUUUACAUCCCAUUCGAGAUUUUUUUCACUCAUAGAGAGACGUCGCCAUAUACCGGUGAAGGGCUUCAAAUUUUGACCUUCACUCGGCACUCAGGGCCAUUGAGCAGUGAGGGACCUUUAUCAUGCCAACGUCUGCCGUGAAACGGGGCCUCGGUUUUUAAGGUCUCAUCCGAAGGACCCGCAACUUUCACUUCAAAUUGCCAAGCGCAUGGUGAAGGAACAGUUGCUACCCAUUUUUAUCGACUUAGGUCAGUCGCGGCCGGUAUUCGAACUCACAACCUCCCGAUCACGGAGCGAGCGCUCUACCGACUGAGCUACCAUGAACGGUACUGCAUCUAGAAAGAGAAUGAAAAAAAAAUGCUCAUAACAAAAUCUUUCUAAUUGCGUUAAAUUAUUUCCUACGAGUAAAUUUCCAUGUUCACAGUACUAUGACAAUAUGUGAAUAGUUGAAUUCGUUAAAAUAGCUUCUACAUUCUACUAAUUACUUUUUUUAUAUAUAGAUUUUAUAUAGACCCAUACAUCAGAUUUCGUAGGUGUUUAUCUUCAUUUAUUCCCCUGUAAAUGAAUAUACAAAGAAUGCUUAUUCCUUGUACAGUAAAACUUUCUUAAAUUGGAA